AUGGGGAAACACAUUCCGUUUGCGCAAUACUUGUUCCGACGAUUGACCCAGCUACACUGCCACAGCCUCCAUGGCGUGCCCGGCGACUUCUUCCUUCGAGCCUUGGAUCACAUCCCUCAGUCAGGAUUACGAUGGAUCGGAAAUGCCAGUGAGCUCUGUGCCGGAUACGCGGCGGAUGGCUACGCCCGAGUCGGCAGUCAGCUUCUACGACACAAGCCUGGGUUAAGAAGCGGUAGUUCCCCAAUUGUUGGUGCGUUGAUGACCACGUAUGGCGUCGGGGAGCUUAGCGCGACCAAUGCCGUCGCCGGCGCUUACGCUGAAAGUGUGCCGGUUGUACAUUUUGUCGGCACGCCUAGUCGGAAGGCGAUGUGGGGAGACAACAAACUGCCCGUUCACCACACUCUCGGCGACGGGAGAAUGAAUGUAUAUGCGGAGAUGGCCAAGAGUAUCAGCUGCUCCCGAGCGCUGCUCUACAAAUACGACGACAUCACGACGGCGGCGGAGUUAUACGACGAAGCUCUACAGAUGGCCGUCAUUCAGUCCAAGCCGGUCUAUGUCGGUGUGGCGAGCGAUAUGUUCGAGCAGCCAGUGCUGGAGGACAUGCUCGAGAAGCCACUUGACACCAAACCACCACUGAGCAAUUGGCGGAGUGAAGAUACAGUCUUGGAUGUAUUGCUCGACAAGCUGCGUACCUCCCGACGCCCGCUCAUCAUCGCGGACGGGCUGAGUUAUCAUUUCGACUUUCAGUCCGAGAUCAACGCCCUCGUAUCUCUCACCGGUAUCCCUUCCAUGUGUUUUACAUUUGGAAAAGGCGUGAUCGAUGAGUCUCUGCCAACCUGGGACCCCGCCCUCCCGAACACGACAGAGUACAGCCAGAAUGCAGAUCUCGUGUUGAUUUUCGGGCCUGUGUUGGGAGACACGAAUACUGCCGGAUGGUCUGCCAUUCCAGACGUUCAAAAUACCUUUCUCUUCAACCUGGACUCCGUGGCAGUAUCAGGACAUGUCGUACCGAACGUCCGGAGUAGGACCCUGUUGCAGCGGCUAUUGAUGAGGCUCAAAGAAGAGAAUGUCGUCCGCAAGCCAAAAUUUGAACGGACACAAAGAGAUGCGCCAAGAAAGGCGCCUUCUGCGAACAGCACAAUCCUGCAAGAUGAUCUAUGGCCUGCACUAUCGGACUUUGUAAAGCCAGAAGACACUCUACUGCUAGCAAAUGGCACCCCGCUCGUCGGUGGCCGAGCCAUCCAGCUCAAAUCCGGUUGUCAAGUCAUCGCAAGUCCCAUCUGGAAUGCCAUAGGAUCCAUGCUGCCCGCCGCGCAAGGGGUAGCGCUGGCGAAGAGAGACCACCAACUCCCCGGCCGGACCAUCCUCCUCGAAGGCGAUGGCAGUUUUCAAGUGACUGCUCAGUCGAUCUCGGACAUUAUCCGCUACAAACUCGAUGUGACGAUCUUUAUUGCAAACAAUGCCGGGUACACGUAUGAGAGAUGGCUUAAUGGAAUGCAUGCGGAGUACAACGACGUUCCGGCGUGGCGGUACACUGAUGCCCCUCGAUUCUUCGGCGUCAAAGAGGAUGACCCUACUUAUCCGACUCUUGGCAGGAGAGUACAGACAUGGGGUGAACUUCAAGAGGUGCUUCACGAUGACAGGGUCGGCGACGGAAAGGGCUUGAAGAUCAUCGACAUUGUCUUGGACCCCGAAGAUGUACCCGAGAAGGCGAAGCCGGGGCUGGCGCGCGCCAGUAACGCUUUGCGCACGACUUGA